CGAUGGUGGAAAGGUGAGAAGGACAGACUUUGGACUUCCCUUCCCUCGCUGUCCUUCUUGGACUCAGCAGCAGCACAUCGCUUCGUCUGUCUUCUUUCAUAGAAAAAUGAAAAUUGAUUUUGCACCUGUGGACGUUCCCCUCCAAAGGAGGCUGCAGACUGCUGCAGUGGUGCAGUGGGUCUUCUCCUUCCUGGGUCUGGCACCCACUUGCAUUAUCUUGUUCUUUUACCUACUCUUCACUCGCUUCUGGCUGAUCAGUGUGCUGUACGCCAUCUGGUGGUACUACGACUAUGACACCCCUGCACGUGGAGGCCGCAGAAUUGAUUUUUUGUGUGGCCUCAAACUCUGGCAGCACAUGCGGGAUUAUUUCCCCAUCAAGUUAGUGAAGACAGCUGACUUGGAUCCCAGACACAAUUAUAUCCUGGGCUUCCAUCCUCAUGGGGUGCUGGUGGCAGGAGCCUUUGCCAACUUUUGCACCUACGCCACAAGCUUCCCGCAGCUGUUUCCAGGCCUCACCAGCUACCUGCUUAUGCUACCUCUGUGGUUCAGAGCUCCUUUCUUCAGAGACUACAUUAUGUGUGCUGGUCUGAUUCCAUCUGACAAAGAAAGUGCUAGUUAUGUCCUCCGCAAGAAGCGAGGUGGCAGAGCUGUUGUUAUAGCUGUUGGCGGGGCCCCAGAGGCCCUUGAUGCCCAUCCUGGUACCUUCAAUGUGCUCUUGGCCAAUAAGAAAGGCUUCAUCAAAAUGGCAAUGGAGCACGGAGCACACCUGGUGCCAGUUUUUUCCUUUGGUGAGAAUGAAGUGUAUGAUCAAGUGGAAAACCCCCGAGGGACCUGGCUUCGGUGGAUACAGGAACGGCUGCAAAGCAUCAUGGGUAUAUCCCUACCGCUGUUUCAUGCACGUGGUAUUUUCCAGUAUUCAUUUGGCCUGAUGCCCUACAGACGACCCAUUUACACAGUUGUUGGCCGGCCAAUCAAGGUGGAGAAGAAGCAGAAGCCAACCACUGAGGAACUCGAUGCCCUCCACCAGCUGUAUAUGGACAAGCUCAGCAAUUUGUUUGAUGAGCACAAAGGCAACUAUGGAGUAGACAAGGAUGUCCAUCUGAAUUUUGUUUGAUUUUGAGCUGGAAAUGAGAGGGAAUUGAAUGACUAUUCAUUUGUGAAGUUCUGGUGCUGAAUGGUUCAGAUAGUUUUACGUUUUAAUCUGAAUCAGCUCUAAAUGGGCUUCUCAUUUAAUUCCCAAUGAGUUUAUUACUUACACAUCAGUGCUUCCUCAAGUGUCAGUAAUGGAUUCAGCUACACUGUAAAAAUUUAUUGCAUCUUCUUUGAUUUACAUGGAAAUGUAAGUGUGGUUGGCUGAUAUGUCAUUAGGUUAAAACAUUUUUUCAAACAUUUAUGAAAUAUUAGAUUUCUCAUUGUUUUUUAUAGUCAAUUCAUUUUUUGUAUUUAGUCUAUUGCUAAAAAUUGUUUAAAUCAGUUUUCUUUAAAUAAUUGGUCUAAUGUACAAUUCUAAGUGUAUAUGAUUCACGUGUAAACAUUCAUUAAAGUACCUUGAUCCUAAA